UGGUAGUCAGGGAUUGCCUGGCGAAACCUUGCAUGGGUUCAGAAAUAGGGUGACUGCUCUUUCAGGUGAAGAAGAUCAGGUAUUCCCUUUGAAGCCACUGGCCACAGUGGAGAGGCGAAUGAUACCAUAAAGUCUAGGCGUGUCCAACCAAAGGUGAUAACAAGAAGAAAAAUCUUGCAGACGGUAACGAAGCAUUGCCUCGUGAAGUUAUGCAUGGAAAUGAAGGUGAAAAUGGUGAGGCCACUGACCGUAGUGGAGAGGGGAUUGUUCCAAAACACAAGCCAUGCCAUCCAAAGGGGUCAAAGAGCAAGAAAACUCUUGCAGGUAGUAAUCAAGGAUUGCUUGGCUAAGCCAUUUACGGUAAUGAUGCUGGUGAGAAAACAAUGAGGCCGACUGGUAUAAAGAACGAGAGGGCAGCUCAUCAAACACAGACAUGAGAGCCCAAAGGCAUCAUUUGUAAAGGGAAGUUCGCUGUAUGCAAGUACUCUAAUGCAGAAGAUAACAAUUUUCAAUGCGUAUUCUCUGGUGGUUGAACCGGACGCCCAGAGGGCCAAUCUCCAAAUCUAUACGCUAUCCUUGAAUUUGAAGAUUUUUCUUUUUUCUUUGUUAAGGUUGAAACUGUGGAUUUUCUUGAAACUUUUGGUCUCGCCAGAUAUUUCCUUAAAAUUCUCUAUUUCCACUUUCAAUUCCUUUAUAUUACUGCAAAAAUUCUCCACCUAUAAUUCUCAAUAAAAGUGAAAAUAAAAAUCUCCACCGAGACAAGAUACUCAAAAAAUCUAAGACAUACCCAUUUUAAUUCACACCAAAUUAUCCACAACCCCUCUUUCAAUUUCCAAUCUUUACCCCUCUACAAACCCUAAUUUUCCCGCCCUGUUUCCCUUAAUUUCUCUCUUUUGCAACAAAAUCCUCCAAAAAUGCUUGAUAAUUUGAAAAUCUAAAACAUACACACUUCAAUUCACACCCAAUUAUCCAACAUCCAUCUGCAAAUUUUCAAUCCUGACUCAUGAACACUAAAUCUUUUCCACUCUCUUUAGCUUAAAUUUCCCUCAGUUUCCUGGGAAAAUUCGACCACCAUGGCCGUUGCUGCAGUUAGAGGCAAACCCACCAAAGAAACUGCUUCUCAAUUCAGAUACUUUAUGUUCAAUUACAUGCAUGUGGGAAGUCGCUUGUCUAGUGCUCAAUGUGCUAGCAAAACUACAAAAUGGGAUGACCAUUUUGCAAAUACUCCUCAUCACUUCACUUCUUUCAAGCCUGUUUCGCUUUGCGGGGAGUUUGUUGAAAAGGGUACUCAAUUGUUGGAAAAUAUGAGAAGUAGCGGUAAUUCAAGUAAAGACUUUGAUAGGAAUUGGAAUCAGAAAGUGAGAUAUAAUAGUGGUGAUGGGUCUGGUUAUGGCGACCCACCAGAGGUGUGGGAACCACCUGGUGAUGGUGUUGCAAAAUUAAAGGUGACUGAUGGAGGAGUGAAUUUUAAGGUAGGGAGUAGAGAUGGGUCUGGUUCAAAGGAUGGGUCUUGGGGUGGAUCAAAAUUGGGGAGUAGCUUUCCAACGCCAAAGGACAUUUGUAAGGCACUUGAUAAGUUUGUCAUUGGGCAACAGAGAGCUAAGAAGGUGCUCUCUGUUGCUGUUUACAAUCACUACAAGAGGAUCCAUCUAGAGUCUGUUAAAAACUGUACAACUUGGGAAGCUAGGUGCAAUGCAGAUUCAGGCAAUGAAAAAGCAGAAACCAUGGACGAGGAGGAAGUUGAACUUGAGAAAAGUAACAUUCUUCUAAUGGGUCCAACAGGUUCAGGGAAGACAUUACUUGCCAAAACCUUGGCGCGGUUUGUGAAUGUUCCUUUUGUUAUUGCAGAUGCAACUACUUUGACUCAGGCAAGAUAUGUCGGGGAAGAUGUGGAGUCGAUGUUAUACAAACUACUGACAGCUGCUGACUAUAACGUGGCAGCUGCUCAGCAAGGCAUCAUUUACAUUGAUGAAGUUGACAAGAUCACAAAAAAGGCUGAGAGUGUUAACAUUAGUAGAGAUGUGUCGGGGGAGGGUGUACAGCAAGCAUUAUUGAAAAUGCUUGAAGGAACAGUAGUCAAUGUUCCAGAUAAGGAAGCUCGAAAGCAUCCUAGGGGAGACAAUAUUCAGAUCAACACAAAGGAUAUUCUUUUCAUAUGUGGGGGUGCCUUUAUUGAUUUGGAGAAGACCAUUUCUGAAAGGCGCCAAGAUUCAUCGAUUGGGUUUGGUGCACCAGUACGUGCAAACAUGAGGACAGGUGGUGUUACGAGUGCUGCCAUGAUAUCAUCUUUAUUGGAGACUGCUGAAAGCAGUGAUCUCGUUUCAUAUGGUUUGAUACCUGAAUUUGUUGGAAGAUUUCCUAUCCUCGUCAGUUUAUCAGCUCUCACUGAGGAUCAACUUGUCCAGGUUCUGACAGAACCAAAGAAUGCCCUCGGGAAGCAAUACAGGAAGUUAUUCCAAAUGAAUGGUGUCAAGCUACAUGUUACAGAACAUGCUUUGAGAUCAAUUGCUAGAAAAGCAAUAACCAAAAAUACUGGGGCUCGGGCCUUGCGGUCCAUAUUAGAGAACAUCUUGAUGGAUUCCAUGUAUGAGAUUCCUGAUGUAAGAAGGGGGGCUGAUAUUAUAGAUGCUGUUGUAGUUGAUAAAGAGGCUAUUGGACCUAAGGAACGUGGAGCCGGAGCCAAAAUCCUGUACGGCAGGGGUGCGUUGGAUCACUAUCUUUCAAAAAACAAAUUAAAGUCAUCUGAGGCAACUGUGGAGGGUUCUGAUGGAGAACCAGAGGUGGAAUCAGAGCUUCCUAAGAUAGUUGCCAGCAUGUAAUUUACUGGUGAAUGUUGUUUGUAGCCUCCUCACAUCACAUACCUGUACAUUAUAAGCUCGCAUUAAUUUAAUAAACCUAAGUUCUGUAUACACGUUACAAUUGCUCAGUUUCCCAACCAGAGAGUUCAGAUUUUUUUUAUAUCACUGCUGUAUUCUACAUCAGUCAGCCAAAGAUAAUCAAGUUCUUCCAUCCCAUUUUUCAGCA